ACACCUUCUUUGCAAACCAGAUGACUUUUGUCCAUAUUCCCUGCAGUACUCAUUGAAACAGUGACUAUCGUUACUGAAGACGGCAGCAUGAACUUCCGUGCAAGAAGAGUCACCUUGCCGGCCAUCACACCUCUGUGUCUGCAGAAGCGGGUCAUCAAGAUCUACAAUGAGGACAACAGCAGCAGAGCAGUGGAGGUCCCCAGCGACAUUGUUGCCCGGGACAUAUGUCACAUGUUGGCCUUGAAGGGCCACGCCGUGGACGAACACAGCUUGACUCUGUACGAGCACCUCUCUCACCUGGGAAUAGAGAGGACCAUUGAGGACCAUGAGUCCAUCAUGGAAGUCCUCUCCAGCUGGGGGAUGGACUCCGACAACCGCCUGCAUUUUAGGAAGAACUACGCAAAAUACGAAUUCUUCAGGAAACCUCUGGACUUCUUCCCGGACCACAUGGUGUCCAUACCCAGCGAGAGCAACAGAGUGGUGGAUCACUCCCAACUUGUGCAGAUCUUCCUCAGCUCCAGCACCGGUCCAGAGAUCCAUGGACACCUCCACACCAAGGAACCCAGCCGGAAGUCCUGGAAGAAGUUGUACUUUGUCCUGCGCAGGUCUGGGCUCUAUGUUUCCAACAAAGGGACUUCUAAGGAACCGUGGCAUCUUCAGUUCCUGGCGGACUUUACUGACCGGAGCGUCUUCACACUUUUGUCCGGCAAAAAACUCCACGGAGCCCCGACUGACUUCUGCUUCUGUGUGAAGUCCAUGAAGUGUUCUUCACCCCGGGACAUGAAGCUGCUUUGUGCGGACGACGAACAGACCAGGACCUGUUGGAUCACAGCCGUGCGCUUGUUUAAGUACGGCAUGCAGCUGUACCACAACUUCAUGCUGCCACACCACAAACAAAAACCUUCUCCAAUGAGGAGCAUCUCUGAGAACUCCCUGGUGGCCAUGGACUUCUCGGGCCAACACAGCCGUGUGAUCGAGAAGCCCUCGGAAGUCCUGUCUGCGGCUGUGGAGGAAGGCCUGGCCUGGCGGAGGAAGGGCUGCCAGCGUCUGAGUGCCCACGGAAGUCCGUCUGCGUCCCAGAGCUCCGUCUGCUCUCUAGCUCUCCAUUUAGCGCAGCCUUGGUUCUACGGCCGAUUGUCCCGGGAUGAAGCUCAGCUCCUCAUCACCCAGCAGGGUCCUGUGGACGGGUUGUUUCUUGUGCGGGAAAGCCAAAGCAAGCCCAAGACCUUCGUGCUGUCGCUGUGCCACAUGCAGAAAGUCAAACACUUCCAAAUAUUACCGGUCCAGGAUGAAGGGGACUCGGUCCACAGUCUGGACGAUGGUCACACCCGCUUCUUGGACUUGAUUCAGCUGGUGGACUUCUACCAGCUCAACCGGGGUGUGCUGCCCUGCAAACUCAAACAACACUGUACCAGGACCACCUUGUGACAACCAGGACCACCUUGUGACAACCAGGACCAUACUUUGACAACCAGGACCACCUUGUGACAACCAGGACCACCUUGUGACAACCAGGACCGUACUUUGACAACCAGGACCACCUUGUGACAACCAGGACCAUACUUUGACAACCAGGACCACCUUGUGACAACCAGGACCACCUUGUGACAACCAGGACCGUACUUUGACAACCAGGACCACCUUGUGACAACCAGCACCGUACUUUGACAACCAGGACCACCUUGUGACAACCAGGACCGUACUUUGACAACCAGGACCACCUUGUGACAACCAGGAACAUACUUUGACAACCAGGACCAUACUAUGAAAACCAGGACCAGUGUGUGACAACCAGGAACAUACUUUGACAACCAGGACCAUACUAUGAAAACCAGGACAACCUUGUGACAACCAGGACCAUACUAUGAAAACCAGGACAACCUUGUGACAACCAGGAACAUACUUUGACAACCAGGACCAUACUAUGAAAACCAGGACCAGCGUGUGACAUCCAUGACCAUACUUUGACAACCAGGACCAUACUAUGAAAACCAGGACCAGCGUGUGACAACCAGGAACAUACUUUGACAACCAGGACCAUACUAUGAAAACCAGGACCAGCGUGUGACAACCAGGACCGUACUUUGACAUCCAUGACCAUACUUUGACAACCACGACCAGCGUGUGACAACCAGGACCAUACUUUGACAACCAGGACCACCUUGUGACAACCAGGACCAUACUAUGAAAACCAGGAACAGGGUGUGACAACCAGGACCACCUUGUGACAACCAGGAACAUACUUUGACAACCAGGACCAGACUUUGACAACCAGGACCAUACUUUGACAACCAGGACCGUACUUUGACAACCAGGACCACCUUGUGACAACCAGCACCGUACUUUGACAACCAGGACCACCUUGUGACAACCAGGACCGUACUUUGACAACCAGGACCACCUUGUGACAACCAGGAACAUACUUUGACAACCAGGACAACCUUGUGACAACCAGGAACAUACUUUGACAACCAGGACCAUACUAUGAAAACCAGGACCAGUGUGUGACAACCAGGAACAUACUUUGACAACCAGGACCAUACUAUGAAAACCAGGACAACCUUGUGACAACCAGGACCAUACUAUGAAAACCAGGACAACCUUGUGACAACCAGGAACAUACUUUGACAACCAGGACCAUACUAUGAAAACCAGGACCAGCGUGUGACAUCCAUGACCAUACUUUGACAACCAGGACCAUACUAUGAAAACCAGGACCAGCGUGUGACAACCAGGAACAUACUUUGACAACCAGGACCAUACUAUGAAAACCAGGACCAGCGUGUGACAACCAGGACCGUACUUUGACAUCCAUGACCAUACUUUGACAACCACGACCAGCGUGUGACAACCAGGACCAUACUUUGACAACCAGGACCACCUUGUGACAACCAGGACCAUACUAUGAAAACCAGGAACAGGGUGUGACAACCAGGACCACCUUGUGACAACCAGGAACAUACUUUGACAACCAGGACCAGACUUUGACAACCAGGACCAUACUUUGACAACCAGGACCAUACUUUGACAACCAGGACCACCUUGUGACAACCAGGACCAUACUUUGACAACCAGGACCACACUUUGACAACCAGGACCAUACUUUGACAACCAGGACCACACUUUGACAACCAGGAACAUACUUUGACAACCAGGACCAGACUUUGACAACCAGGACCAGACUUUGACAACUAGGACCAUACUUUGACAACCAGGACCAGACUUUGACAACCAGGACCAGACUUUAACAACCAUGACCAGGGUGUAACAACCAGGACCAGGACCAGGACCAGGGUGUGACAACCAGGACCAGCAGAGCCUCACAGGAUCAAGACUACCCUACAAGAGAUCCUGGUGUACAUUACAUGAAUGUAGUUGAUCAGUUUUAGUCCAGGUCAGUAUUUGGGAUUACUUGGAGAGGUUUGGACAUUUUUUAUUUGAACACUUUUAUUUCUUCUAAACUACAAGCAGUAUGAUAUCAUUCAGGGAAUCUCCUUUAAGAUGUUCUGUAUCAUCUGGUCAUCUCCUGCUGACUUCAUAAAGUCUUUUUGUGUGAA